AGAUUGGUUCAUGUGAUAGCAUGAUAUACGGCAAUAUUGCGCGACGUGAUGCAAAUGUGACAAGCAUGCGCAUUGUUCGGAAGCACAUGGUGAGAUUUUUAUUCACAGGGCAUCCCUUUGGUUAUACCAUUCGUCGUUAAUCAUUUCUACAACUUCAACAGACUCACCGGAGCCACAGGAGCCCUCACACAACGGCAACAAUACCGAGUUUGGAUGCUACAGUGACAUGACAGGAGGCAAAUGGCCGCCCCAUCUCUGUGUCCCGCCGAGGCAUUCUCUUAACAUCCAUGGGAGCCAUGCCUAUCGAAAAGUAAUACACGUUUGGAUGGGAUGGCGGUUUAAGUUAGUCUAGCAGUUAUGGAAAACUCGUAUUAAUGCAGCCACAACAGCAUAAAUAAAGAGGGCAAAUGGGCUGUUGCGGGCAACUUUAGCCGGCAUUGUGCACGUCCUUGCUCAUAUAAUAUUAUCUUACCACAAUUACUGUGUGAGUAGUUUUUACAUGGACAUCAUUAACUGACAUUACCUACCGCUUUAAUUUCAUUAUGACUGCACUUUUGAACUCUAUGUAAACAUUUAAGGAGCAUUCCCUCAGAUAAUGGAGGCAACCUGAGAAGUUUACAUUUAGCAUUUAAAAGGGACACUUUCCUGUUCACCACUGCAGUGUAGUGUAUGUUCCUGUCUUUAUUUUGGAUAACUGAAUCAAGGAGGAGACUGUUUUGCAGCACACAAAAGGUUAAAGUAUGACAACAGUUACAUAAUGUGGCAGUAAAUUAUACUAGAGACUCACAAAGCCCUCUAACAGGAACUACUGUGCAGCGCCUGCCCUUCUGUAAACCGUGCGCACUGCGCGUCUCCCCAGGGUGACGAGGCGAGGUCACAAGUUCCCAAGCACAGCCCCUGAGCAGAUCACACACUUCCCCUUAGGGAGGGCGGUUCCUUAACCCAAACCGAAGAGGGAGACACACGUACGGGAUCAGGGGGACGAAGCCUCAAUCUCAUACCGAGUCAAAGUUGCUGAAAGCUGCUGCUUCAGGUGGAAUGACCAAUCACCCAUCACACUCCAACGGUAUGCAGAGCCUCCGGAAGGAACACCUGUACAAGGUGCUGGUUAUCGGAGACCUGGGGGUCGGGAAGACUUCCAUCAUCAGGCGCUACGUCCACCAGACCUACUCCACUAACUACCGGGCCACCAUCGGAGUGGACUUCGCCCUGAAGGUGUUGAACUGGGACUCUGAGACUGUCCGGCUUCAACUGUGGGACAUUGCAGGUCAGGAACGUUUUGGAAACAUGACACGAGUGUACUACCGUGAAGCAAUGGGAGCCUUCAUAGUGUUCGAUGUGACGCGGCACACGACCUUUGAGGCCGUCAUCAAGUGGAAAGAGGACCUGGACUCCAAACUAAUACUGGCUGAUGGACAGAGAAUUGCCACUGUGCUGCUGGCUAACAAGUGUGACCAGGGCAGGGAGUUGACCAACAACGGCAUCAAAAUGGACCAGUUCUGCAAGGACCAUGGCUUUGUCGGGUGGUUUGAGACCUCUGCUAAGGACAAUCUCAACAUUGCUGACGCUGCAAACUUCCUGGUCAAGCACAUCAUGGCCACAGAGAACGACAUCCUGAAAUCUGUGGUACCAGACACCAUCUCACCUCAGCUCGACUCCAACAGGCAGAUGAGCUGCUCUGGCUGCUUCAAAUAACGAAAGGAGGCGAGACAGAACAAAAUGGAGACACAGACCAGAGUUGAAGAUUUUAGUUUGCUGCAUGUAUAUGGUUUGUUUGUGUUCUCAGUGCCCAGUUACGAGUGAACCAGAGCUUGCAAACUAAAAUAACAUGGACUCAGAAGUUGCACAUUUAUUUUAACAGAGUUUUGGUAGCUUGUCAUACUGUGAGUUUAAAGUUCUUGGCAGACAAACAAGUAUAACACUCUUGUCUAUGCUCUUUGGCAUGAUUAUUUAAAGUAUCAAACUGCCAACCUUGCCUUUUGGGGCUGCUCUUUCUAGCGAGUCAAGAUUACAUUCUCCUCUAACAACAGUUCACCUGGAAAAGGACCAGCAACUGGCGCUCACCUGCCUGACCAAACUGAACAAAAGGUGUAAACUGCUCCCAGCAUGCUUGAUGCAACGCACCCGAAGUUCUGCAGUAAUGAAAACAGAAGUGUUGUUCAACUUACAUCUGUUCUUCACCAUUUCAAGCAAGUAUGAUUGUGUUGUUGUUCUGAAAAAAACAGGGUGGGAGACAUGCCAGCUUCCUUCACAGUUAGUCUGCAAGAGCCAAAGAAAGCAGUAUAGACCACUUUCAGUGGAUUCCAGAUUUUCUAUUCUGUAAUUAUGUGAAUUUUGCACAUGCAUUGUUUUUUUAAAAUUAUGAUAUUAAUUUAUUUACUGUAUGUUUUUAUGAAUAUAAUUAAUGCUGGUUAAUAUAAUAUGUUAUUUUGCUUCUUCUUCCUUCCUCUUCUUUCCUACAACUGACUAUUGUGUAACCCUUAUUUAAUCAGGCAGUUGA